AUGGGACAACGACUCAAAUUACAAUGCACCAGUGAAAAGGGAUGUUCUCUACAGACUAAGUAAUCAAUACAUAAUAUAUUUAAUAUUUAAGGAAUAAUAUAUUUGCAAUGUCUCUAAGAAUUUGAAAGGUUUAUCAGUAAUAUUAAGAAUUAUCAUUUAAUUAAUCCGAUUGUUCAAUAAAAAGAAGCUCAGAAAGGGCAAUUCUUUUAUAUCUAGGAAAGCCUCAUCUCAGCUUGUAACAAUUUGACAGAUUCUAUAAAUUUAACUCACCUUAGAGCUAAAAGUAAUCUUUUAAACCAUUCUCAGCUAGUAAACAUACUUUAGGCGUUAUUAAUAACCUUAAAAAAUAUAUAGUCCUUCCAAUAUGUAAACUCUACAUUAAGGGGAGAGAAGCGAAUCCAACCAUUUCUCACAGGGAAGACCAAUUUUAAUUUAGGCAGUACUAAUAAUUUGACAACCUCUAUAAAUAACUUACAAUCGAGCGGCUUUUAAUUCGCUCAUUCUUCUGAGUUAAACGAUCAGCCAUUGAAAAUCCAUGGAGAACCACAAUAUCUUUAUGGAAAUGCUUCUCCUGAGUUUUUUAAUAAUCAAUAAUUAUCUUAAUUAUACUCCAGGUUCAUUUGGAGACUCCAAAAAAUAUCAAGUUAAUAAAAUAUAUAUAUAUUUUAGAGUUAUAUUUUAGAGUUUAGCUCAGAAUCUCAGAUGCAAGUUUAGCUACAGAUUCUAAAAUAUGCAAACUUUCAUCAGAUAAACGUCUUAACUUCUAAUCUAAUUAAUGGAAGUAUUAAUUGUAUAGUCCUUCUAUCGUUGAUUGA